UAUGGCGGAUGAUUGGACCUGAAGAUCAAAUAUACCGACCAGUGAUGCGGACACAGAGUGAAACUACUGUAUAUAUUUAUAUUGUGUCGAAGUCGUGUAAAAAUGAUAGUACACCUUCCUGAAUUAAAUUUCUCGCGAAUUGUCGCGACAUUGAUUCUAUGGACGCGAUGUGCGCAGAUUUGCGGAGGAAUCGAGGCCGAAGUCGAGUUCGAUGUGGAAGGAAGCGGAUUUCAUAGAACAUUUAUUUAUCACGCGUAUUUCAAGGAUUUUAUCAAUGAUAACUGUCAAGCUGCCAUUUACAUGGAAUUACCAUCGGAAUUGUAUGUCAAUGUGGACGAAGUAGCAGAAUUGAGAAGAAAGGGCACGAGUACAAUCUGUUCCAUAGGUGAGACUGAUGUCGAGCUAUUCGCCGAGAAGGCUAGUCGGCAAAACGUGACAGCUUGCACAUCCGUAAAUUUAUCAUCGUCCAGUUUAAUGAUCCCACUUCAUCAGCGUUAUCGGUACGCUCGUGAGACCGGUGGCUACGUCGACGCAAUUGUGCCUGAGCCGAAGCUGUUUCUGGGAUGCCGGGAGAGGCUCAGAGAUCAUAGAGUGUCCAAGACGGAUCUAUGCGAGCCGUGCGUCAGUCUUGCAAUCAAGUGGCGUGAAAUUCCAUAUCGUAUGUUGAAUAAUCGUGCAUACGUGUGGCCGAUACCGGUCGGAGAUUCAUCUCUCUCGAUGUAUGUCACUUACGUCACGUUAUUGGCAACGGUUAUCGGCGCGAUGUUUAUCGCGUAUGCUAUUCGAAUCAAUACAUCGAAGAAUCAUUCGAAACAAGACUGAGAUAGUUUAAGAUUUAAUAUACAAGUAGUUUUGCAACUCUAGAAAUGUUUUUAUUAAUGAUUGUUCCAAAUAGAUUAAAUAUCCAUUGUUUUUAUAUGAGAAUUUAAGAAGAUUUUAUAUAUUAUAUAGUCUUACAAAUUUUUCAAUUGUGAUGUUUUAAUAGUUUUGAGAUUAAAUUCGUCGAUAUUUAAUUUAAAUUUAUUUAAAUUAAAUUAAACUAAGUUUUAUUCAAAUUGAAUCGCAACAUUUUUGUUGCAAAGUCUAUUCGAAUUUAAUCGCAGAACUUCCUGUACAAAUAUAUACAUUUGACUCGAUCAAUAUUCUCUUUAUACAUUUUAUAUAUAUUUGUAUAUUUGGGCUCACUGCAAUUUAUAUGCAGCCUCUAGUCAAAGUCUUUAGUAGAUAUAAUGGACAGUCUCACGUGCAUGUUUUUAAGAUGAUAUCGUACUCCAAGUCAUUUAAAAGUUGGCAUACAAACCACAUAUCCACACAUUUAAAAUGAACACAGUUUAAAAAAUAAAAAGGGAAACAAGUGUCACA